AUGUGGUGAUUGUUUCAUCUUUCUUCGACCAGGUCUUUGAAAUCUGACUAUUUUCCACGGCCCAUGUGUGUACUAGAGUUAUGAUAUCUUGAUUUAACAGGCCGCCAAGCCCUAACGUUACUUUGCCUAAACUAUGUUGUAGAUACGUAAUUCAUGAAUAUAUGGUCUUUUUGAAACUGCUUCACACACUUAUAUAAUGAACCUGAGGCAUUUUGACCAUUCAGAGACGAUGCUCUCUUCCUCGUCGAUGUUGUCAUAUUCCUUGGGACCAUAUGGUUAUUGAGUAUUGGUUAUGUUUACGAAGAAAAGUCUUGGAACUUGAAAGUUGAAAUUAAUUCAAAAUGCAUAAACUAGCGUGGUGAAAAGCCCUAGUAUAUAGGAAAUUUUUUGAAAGUUGAAACUGCUUCACAUACUUAUUUAUUGAACUAGAGGCAGUUUGACCAUUCAGAGAAUAUGGUCUCUUCCUCUUAGCGCCGUUGCUGUCUUCCUUGGAAACAUAUAUGUCUACCAAAAGUCUUGGAACUUGAUACUACUUCACUCCCUUUAUAGUAUUUAAAUAGAUGGAGUUGAGACUGUAUGAUCAUCAGACAAAAAUGGCCUCUUCACCAUCGACUCCAGUUAUGAAAGAAGACGGAGAGUGUAGAAACUGGUCGGAGCUUCCGUAUGAAUUAAUGGCAUCGAUUCUGUGCAGGCUCUGCACCAUUGACAUAUUGGAAAACGUUCAGAAAGUGUGUACAUCAUGGCAUCGCGUCUGCAAAGACCCUGAGAUGUGGCGGAAGAUUGAGUUUCGUUACAUUGGAGAUAAGGAGUACAACCUUGAGAUCAUGUGCCGUCACGCAGUCGAUCGUAGCCAGGGAGGUUUGCUUGAGAUUGACAUUUCGUGUUUCGGUACUGAUUCUCUCCUCAACUACAUCGCCGAUAGGUUAUUAGUCUCUCUCUCUCUCUUUCUCAAAAUUUUGUAUAGGUUAGUUCAUAGCAGAGGUCACGUGGUGCUAGGAAAAUAUCUUUUGUGAAUAUGUUUUUUUUGUCUUAUCGUUCUCAGUUUCUAAACUGUUACACGCGAUUACUUGCAGGUCAAGUAACCUGAGAAGUCUUAAACUUACAUUAAUCUCGGUAACAACUGUGGGACUUGCAGAAGCCAUUGGGAAGCUUCCAUUGCUUGAAGAACUCCAGAUCACAGAAUUCGCUAUGUGGGAAGGUUAUCUGAAAGUUGUAGGCCAGUCUUGUCCUAAACUGAACACAUUGAAGUUAAACUGCUUUAGAAUUGGAUUCGAUCCUCCUUUUUACGUGAGUGACGAUGAUGCCCUAGCUAUUGCUGAGACAAUGCAUGGACUUCGCUUCCUCAAACUCUUUUCAAACGGUUUAACAGAUGCUGGUUUAAAAGCCAUUCUUGAUAAUUGUCCUGAUCUUGAACAUCUUGAUCUAAAUCAUUGUUUCAAUGUUAACUUUUCUGGAGAUCUGGAGAAGCGCUGUUCUGAGAGGAUCAAAGUUUUGGUACGACCUGGUAGUCCGAGAAUUUUUGAUUUUUCUAUAUUUGAGGACUCUGACACGCUAGAUAGUGAUCAUGACCUGUAAUUUAGCAGGUGAUAGUGACUAUUGUGACAACGAUCUGUAUGAGAUUUAAGAUGACCCGUUGGUGAAAUCUGUGUUUCUAGAUGCAUUGUGUUCGUUGGUGAAAUGUUUUCAGUUCUCAACUUGUUUAUGAGUACUAUUUUCUCUGUAAUGCAUCUUUUUCUAUGUUAAUUGAUUAUGAUGAAUCUAUUUACAACAUUAAAUAAAU